CUCAAGAUAAAAAAAUAAAUCAAAUCAAGAUGGACCUUCUUUCUCCAACGACGGCGACGAUCAAGAUAAACACACCCCUUAGAUCACCGUUUACGCAUUUCCACACAAAUCAACCUCCAUCGUCCAUUUUGUCUCUGCCUCAUCCCCGUCGUCCAUCUCUCCAACUUAUCCAUUUGCCUCCCUCUGCUCCACGUUUCCGUCGUUGCCUCGCCGCUAGCCCCGGACCGCCUCCGUCCGACCCUCAUCCCCAACAAGAUCCCAUCCAGCUCAGUGGCUUCUCCAGACUUCAAGAUCGUAUUCAGAUCUUCCUUGCGGUUCUAUUCUGGAUGUCUCUAUUUUUCUGGGCUUCGGCAUUUGAUAAGAGGAAUAAUGGUAGACGAAACAGGGGAUCAAGAUUUAGAAGAUGACUAGAAGCAUUUAUCCUGUAUAUAUGUAACACUUGAAGCAAUUUUAGGAUUACAUGGGGAAAAUUCAUUGUUGUUUACAUGCAUGGUGAUCAGAAACUUGCUUGACUUCAUCUUCCGUUGGUUCCUGAGGGAUUCGCAUGUGUAACUUGUAGUGAACCAAAUUUUAAACUCUUAAUAAAAUACAAAAUGCUUUUUUGUCGCUAAAA